GUAUUAUGAAACAAUAGUAACAUGAAAAAUAAUAAUAAGUGAAAUAGGAAGAGAACAGUUAGAAACAAAAUAUUUAAGUACAACAUUUCAAAUUAUUUGUUUAGUAUUUGCAGAAAUAAUAACUUCUCUCCAUUAUCUAGCAAUGUCAAUAGUAAUAAUAACCAAUUUAACAAACAUCGUAUAAUAUUUAAAUAAUCAUUUAGCAAGUCUCCUACUUUAAUUGAAGUUUAAAAUUAAGUCACAUCAUACUUUUAGAAAAUUAUACUAUAGAAACAAACAAUCAAUUUAAAUAAUGUAUUGGAAUAGUAAUUACCAUACUUUUUAUAAAUAAUGGGGAAUCUCAUCAUUUAUGGAUUAGAAAAUUGUCCAGGAGAAAAGGAAAUUGUGUAAGAGAUGAUAUCAUAAUAUAAAUCCAAUCCACUUAAAAUAACAAUGAGCUGUUCUUUAUUCUAAACAAUAGGACUCUUGUUUCGUUCCUAAUUAGUGUAUUAUGAUUAAUGUAAUGAAUUAAAUACUAAUUUAAGGUACAAAAUAUCUUGCCAAUUUUUUGUUAUUCCGUGAUGACUUUUGUGACAUCUUCUUUAAUACAUUAUAUUGUUAUUAAAUUUCAUAAGGUUAAACAUUUAGUCAAUAAAUUGGAUUUACAUAGAUUAAUCAAAUGAUUAAAAAAACAUAAGAUGAUGUAUGGACAGCAUUUAUAUUCAAAAUGCUUAGUUAACAAUAAUAAAAAAUGACUAAAGAUAUUUUCUUAUUACAAUUCAAUUAAUACACUGUAUCUAUGAAUAAUUUCUUUACUAAAAGCAAUUUAAUUAUGGAUUUAGUUGCUUAAAGUGUAAAAUAGACUUCAAAAUUACAUAAUGAUCAAAUAUUUUAAGAAGUAAUUUAUUUACUAAAAUAUAGUAUUUGUUAAUUAUGGGAAGUUUUAAAGCUACAACAUAAGAUUUUUUAAAGAAGGCUACUUAAGUAUUCUUUGAAGAAUCUAAUGAUCUUGAUUUAUUAUAAUUUAGCAGUAACAUAAUAAAAAUUCAUAAAUAAAUGAAUUGUUAAAUAUUAUUCAUAUUACCUAUGUUAUUUUUAUUAGAAAGUUAAUACUUAGAUCAUCUAGUUUAGAAUGGAAUUGAAGAAUAGUAACCAGUUAAAAAUAGUUCAAAUUAUUAUUUAAAGAUGAUUGAGAAAUUAAAAAAUAAAUGUGUAUAUAAUGGUGAAGAAGAAUGUAAUUGUAAAAAAUGUUAAUGGUAUUUAAUUCUUUAGAUAAAAUAGUAUUAGAAGAAAUAGAAACUCAGCAAAAGAAUCUUAAAAAAAGAAGAGAGAAGCAUUAGAAAAGAUAGGUCCUUUAUAAGAUGAGUAUGAUAAAAUUUAAAAGAAAGUAUAAAUAUAUAAUACUUUUAGGUAUAAUCACUUGAAAAAGAAAAUCAAGUUAUUACACAAUUAUUACUUGAUGUAUUUAGACACCCAUCUCUAGAAAAAUUGGCAUCCUAAUUCAUAGAACCACUUACUAAAAUUAUAGCUGAUUAAGAAUCCUAUAAUAUUGAUGAAUGUUGA